GCCCAGAAAGUCAUGACUUAAAACUCAAAAUUAUAGCAUUCCAGUUAUUAGAAUCCAUUGAACAUUAAAAUACUUAUUUUCAACUCUUAUGAUAUUGUUAUUUUUCAAGGAUCGUACCACUUGGAUUAUUUUUCUCAGCGCUUCCAAAUCAAACGUUUUCAUUCAAACAAACCAGAGAAAGCAUUUAGAGAGCAGAAGAAGACACCAGCGACAGUUCGAGAGGAUCGACAAUGGCUGCCUCCGUUUUGGCCACAAUUUGUGCCGAGCGCCUCACUAAACUGCUGGUCCGAUACGCGCGUGCCCAGCCGCCGGUGGUACGCAACCACUCGCAGUGCGCCGCCCGGGUACUGAAUCCCCUGCCCAAGUCCGAGGCCACCAUGGCCUACCUGAAGCCGCUGACCACCGCCACCCAGGGCAAGAAAUUGGCGGCACCCGCCGGCGAGUCCAGAUUCGUCGGCAGAUGGCAUCAGUUGGGCGGCAUCAAUACCGGCAUUGGCAAUCGGUUCCAGCGCGGACGCAAGGCGGCACUUGGCUCCCCGUCCUGCCUUCCCAUCCUGGGCUCCGGUAGCGGGACGAGACGUGUCCGAGGGAGCUUUCCGUCGAAUACCGACACAUCGAUCGGCCUGGGGGAUUGGAGAGAUCAGAGGUCUACCCACUACCGACCAUCAUUGGUCAGCCUCUUUAAGAACCAGAGUACCCAGAACGCUCCCAGGAAACCCUUCGGACCGAACGCCCCUACAUUCGAUGGCCAAAAGCUGUAUAGGGACUGCUACUAACUGGACACUAGUGGGUCCUCCUGAUACUGCUGCCAAACUCAGGUGCAGCUCAGUCACAAAUCUUUCAAUGUGAUUUGUGGCAGAGUUGCAAAUGAGUGGGGCAGCAGUUAUCCGAGUUGGGACCAGUUAUCAAUGUAUUAAAUAUGUUUCGUGUCAAAA